AAAGACAGAGAAAGCUUGCAAAGCAGGACUGGUAGGGGAAGGUGGGGUAGGACAGGGAGGGUAGGAUGGAGCCUCAGUUUUCCCACUGGGCUUGAACAGAGCACAGCACCGCUGGCUGGACCAGGUGCUGGACUGAAGUGGACUGAACUGUGUCAUCUGAGCUCAGGUUGCCAGGGAUAGACAAGGUGAAGCCUUUACUGCUGGACGGGGAUCAGGCUGGACCGAGAGUCAACAGCAGUGGAUUAUGGGUUGUUCGGCCAGUGUGGUUCUGCUUCUACGCUCAGUGGGCGGGGCAGACUGCGGCCACAUGUGUUCACGACAUGACCAGAUGUCACUGGAUGCCGCCACGCCCACCCUUGAGGGUUACACCACUACCACCUCACCUCUGACCAUCAUUGUAAUGCAGGAGAAGCCGAAGGUGAUUGAUCCUCUUGACUAUGAGGCUGUCAUCUCUGAGCUUGGGGAUGAGUUGAAGGAAGACCCUCUCAGAGAACUGCUCCUAUUCCCCGACAAUGAUUUCACGGUGUCCACGGUGCCUCAGGAGAGACGGACUCUCAAGUCAACUGUUCCUGAGGGGGCAGAGCUACAGGCGGAAUGUCUGCUGGUCGGACAGGCCUGUAAGUAUUACAACUCUGAGCUGAAUGUGGUCCAGUUCAAGUAUGAUGACUACGCCGGAGACUACCGUCUGUUGCCCAGGAAACUGUACAAAGCAGAGAAGCUGCCAUCCCAUUCUUUUGAGAUCGACUAUGAAGACGUGGACAAGGAUGAGGAUACCACCUCCCUGUCCUCGUCCAAAGGGGGAGGGGGAGGAGGUGGCGGUGGAGGAGGAGGGGGAGGUAUCGGUGUGUUUCGGUCAGGCUGGCUUUACAAAGGGAACUUCAAUAGCACCGUCAACAAUAGUAUCACUGUUCGGUCAUUCAAGAGGAGGUAUUUCCAGCUCACCCAGUUGACAGACAACUCCUACAUCAUGAAUUUCUACAAAGAUGAAAAGAUUUCCAAGGAACCCAAAGGCUGCAUCUUCCUUGACUCAUGCACUGGUGUGGUACAGAAUAACCGCCUAAGGAAACACGCCUUUGAACUGAAGAUGAACGAGGUUACGUACUUCGUGCUGGCCGCGGAGAGUGAACAGGACAUGGAGGAGUGGAUUAGCACACUGACCCGCAUCUUACAGAUCAGUCCCCACGACGGGCCGGCUCCAGACCGCAAGAGCCUGGACCUCACUGACCAUCGGCAGGAUGUGUUUGACCUGUCGUUGGGUGACUGCUGUUUGCAGGAGAAUGAAGAUACCACAGAGAACGGCAUCAAUCCAGAGCUAGCAAAGUAUAUCUCAGAGACGGAUGAAGGAAUUCGCUCUGCCAGAAGAGAAGAGCGUCUGAAUCUGUUCUCUCUCGACCCCGACACUCCUGUUCUGAGGAGCCCACGGACCGAAUACUCAUCAACUGAAAACACACCAGUACGUCCGUUUGACGAGAAGCUGGGCAGAAGGUUUAUGAUAACCUGCCGAUCGCUCAACCUCAUGCUACAGAGCUGCAUCAACGAGAGUGAAACUGGACCAGUCACUAAUAUUGAACCCUUCUUUGUGUCGCUGGCUCUGCUGGAUGUACGAGAAGGGAGAAAGGUGUCGGCAGACUUCCACGUAGACCUCAACCACGACGCAGUGCGUCAGAUGCUCGGAGGCUGCAGUAACGGGACAGGCGGUCCAGGGGCCGGGGCUGGAGGUCAGGAAAAUGGCCUGUGCUCUCCUGCUGAGAAGAAGCCAGGAGACUGUUACCUCAGCCUGGAUCUGGAGCAUUGGCUUUGUUUUCCCAAGCAGGCCAUCUUCUCAGUGACCAACCCCCACACGGACAUAGUGAUGGUGGCCAGAGUGGAAAAGGUGCUGAUGGGAAAUAUUGCUUGUGGGGCUGAACCUUAUAUCAAGAAUACGGACUCCAGCAAGACUGUUCAGAAGAUUUUGAGAUCCAACAAACAGUUCUGCAGUAAACUGGGAAAGUACCGUAUGCCGUUUGCCUGGUCUGUCAGGUCAGUGUUUAAGGACAACCACGGCGCACUGGACCGAGAGGCUCGUUUCUCACCCCUCUUCAAACAGGAGAGCAACAAGAUUUCCACAGACGACCUGAUAAAGCUGGUGGCUGAGUUCAGGAGGGCUGAGAAGACCAGCAAACUGCAGACUAUUCCCGGGACUGUGGACAUCGCAGUCGACUAUAUUCCAAUGGAACAUCCAAACUGUGUGACGUCGUCCUAUGUACCGGUGAAACCCUUUGAGGAACUGAGCAAACACCAGCCGACUGUGGAGGUGGAGGAGUUCGCCCAGGACACCACCAAGUUCACACAGCCGCACCGUGUCUACAGGAACCACAUCUACAUCUACCCUAAACACCUCAAGUAUGACAGCCAGAAGAGCUUCGCCAAGGCUCGUAACCUUGCAGUCUAUGUGGAGUUCCGCAGCUCAGACGAAGAAGUUGCCAAACCUUUAAAGUGUAUCUAUGGCAAGCCAGGAGGUCCAGUCUUUACCACGGCGGCGUGCUCCACAGUCCUGCAUCACUCCCAGAACCCUGACUUCUAUGACGAGGUGAAGAUUGAGCUUCCUACCCAACUUCAUGAAAAGCACCAUCUUCUUUUCUCCUUUUACCACGUCACCUGUGACAUCAACGCAAAGACGAAUGCUAAGAGGAAAGAGGCCCUGGAGACCCCAGUGGGGUAUUCUUGGCUGCCUCUCCUCAAAGAAGGCCGUCUGUCAUCUCAGGAGUUCAACAUCCCCGUCUCCUGUAACCUGCCACCUGGAUACCUGGCCAUCAAGGAAGCCAGCAACACCAAGAAUGGAGCAGAUGUGAAAUGGGUUGAUGGAGGAAAAGCUAUCUACAAAGUGUCCACCAAUGUCGUCUCCACAGUUUACACUCAGGACCCCCACCUGAACCGAUUCUUCCAGCAGUGCCAGAAGAGAGAGCUGGACCUCUCAAUACCUCCUACCUCCAACUUCCUCAACUGCCUGAAGGGUCUCCUCAGCAUGGAGAGAAUCCCAGUGAUCAUCCGAUUUCUGCCAGUGCUCUUCAACCAGCUGUUCAAGGUUCUGACUCAGAAUGACAACGAUGAGGUCACUACUGCCACCACCAGAGUGCUGGUCCACAUUGUUGCAAAGUGCCAUGAAGAAAACCUGGAUCACUAUCUGCACUCAUAUAUCAAGUAUGUCUUUAAAUCAGAAGCCCAUGGGUUCAGGACAGCCCAUGAGGAGCUGGCUAAGGGGAUGACCUUUGACCUGAAGAGCAACGAGCAGGCAGCAGUCAGGAAUGUCCUGAAGUUCUCCUGGUUCUUCUUUGAGCUGAUUGUCAAGUCCAUGGCGCAGCAUUUGGUUGACUCUGACAAGUUAAAGCUUCCCAGACCCCAGCGUUUCCCCUCAUCCUACCUGAGCCGCGUGGAGACCCUGGUGGAGACGGUGUCCGAACAUAUCUUCUGGAAAAACAAAGACCUGGCAGAAGAGACACGCAGCGCCAACUUAGCUGUGGCAGCUUUUGUCAAGCGUUGCUUCACUCUGAUGGACAGAGGCUUCACAUUCAAACUGAUUAGCAACUACAUAAACAUGAUCACUGCUACUGACAGCAAGGCUUUGUGUGAGCUGAAAUUUGAAUUCUUGAGAGAGGUGUGUAACCACGAGCACUACGUUCCUCUCAGCCUGCCCCUACCCUCUGCUCGCAUCGCAGACCAUGCAUCUCCAGAGCCACAAAGCACUCAUGUGUCGGUACCCGAGUACAACCUAACCGGAGAGUUCUGCAGGAAGCACUUCUUGACUGGCCUUUUGCUUCGGGAACUGGGGCUGGCGCUGCAGGACGAGCAGGACCUGCGGCACCUAGCUUUGGCCACUCUGAAGACUCUUAUGGCCAAACACUCUCUGGAUGCACGCUAUGCCACCAAGGAGAAACAGGCAAGAAUUGCAUCUCUCUACCUGCCUUUGUAUGGCCUGAUCCUGGACAACAUGCCUCGAUUCUUCCUCAGGGACAUCUUCCCCAUCUACUUCACCUCUAGUGACCAAGGCUCUCGAGAUGACCUUAGCGUGGGAGGGGGAGUGGCUGGAGGGGUGAUUCCUGUUACUCGCCAUGGCAACUCUGUGGAUGCCUCCUUUUCCAAAGAAGUACUCAACUCCAUCACAGCCUUCUCAUCCUUGGCAGUUGCCAUGGGUAACCAGGCCGACUCUCGGGGUUCUCUGAUCAGUGUGGACUCCAACCCUAGCAACAGUGACAGGAACAGUGAGAAGAUGGAUGGAUGUGAGAAGUUUGCUCGGCCGCAGUCCCUGAUAGGCUACGGCUCUCGUUGUGACAAGUUGGACCAGGCGGAGACACGCAGCCUGCUCAUGUGCUUCUUGCACAUCAUGAAAACCAUAUCUGAGGAUGUGCUGGUGUCCUACUGGCACCGAGCCAUUCACCAGGAGAUCUCAGACUUCUUUAACAUCCUGGAGCUGUGUCUUCAGCACUUCAGGUUCCUCGGAAAACGCCACAUAGCAAGGAAGCUAGCAGCGGCAGUAAAGCUGGCCCAGUCCACCCAGGCCAAUGGCACCCUGAAGGGCUCUAACCACCCCUCCCAGUCCUCUCAUCCCUCAAGCCUCUUCCCACAAUGGAUGGCGUCAUCUGGAGGGGAAGGUCACCGGCAUGCUCGCUCCCAAACCAUGCCCAUCAUCAGGGGCAAGAAUGCCCUCACCAACCCCAAGCUGUUGCAGAUGAUGGAGACAGAUGGGAGUAUUCAAGAUGGGGACACGCUGAGUCCUACUGAUAUUGAGGCAAACUUGUCCACUGAGGUGGCCCUCACUGUGCUGGAUGUACUAGAGCUCUUUGUUCUCCACCACAAGAAGCAGCUGUUGCUGGAUGAAGGACAGAACGCAUUGAUGAAGAAGGUGCUGGACACCUACUUGCUCUUCUUUCAGAUCAACCAGUCAACCGCCACUCUACGGCAUGUCUUCGCUGGACUCAGGCUCUUUGUACAAAAGUUCCCCAGUGCAUUCUUCCAGGGUAAGGCAGACCUGUGUGGCUGUCUGUGCUAUGAGAUCCUCAAGUGCUGUAACCAUCGAUCCAGCUCCACCCAGACGGAGGCAGCUGCUCUGCUGUAUUUCUUCAUGAGAAAAAACUUUGAGUUUACCAAGGGAAAGUCUAUAGUCCGCUCUCAUCUGCAGGUCAUCAAGGCAGUGAGCCAGUUGAUAGCAGACGCCGGCAUUGGAGGGUCGAGAUUUCAGCAGUCCCUGGCUAUCAUCAAUAACUUUGCCAAUGGAGAUGCUCCACUCAAGAACACUCCAUUCCCAGCUGAGGUGAAGGACCUGACCAAGCGGAUCAGGACAGUCCUGAUGGCCACGGCUCAAAUGAAGGAGCACGAGAAGGAUCCAGAGAUGCUGGUGGAUCUUCAGUACAGUCUGGCUAACUCCUACGCCAGCACGCCCGAGCUUCGACGCACCUGGCUGGAGAGCAUGGCCAAGGUCCACGUCCGCAACGGCGAUCUCUCAGAGGCUGCCAUGUGCUACAUCCACAUCUCAGCCCUGAUCGCUGAAUCGCUGAAGAGGAGAGGCUACUGGAGAGCUGACAAGGCCAGGAUGUCCAGUGUGUCCCCUGAGGAAAGCCCUGUCUUUAACUGUAGCUCCUUACUAACUACCUCCCGAGAUCAAGACACAUCGUUCUCUCUGGGUUGGGCGGCGUUUAUGUGCAUCAGCCCCAAUGUCAAGGAGGAGGGUGCCAUGAAGGAAGACACUGGUACACAAGACACGCCCUAUACUGAGGACACCCUGGUGGAGCAGCUGGAGCUGUGUGUGGACUACCUGUGGAAAUCGGAGAGAUACGAGCUCAUCGCUGACAUCAACAAACCUGUCAUCGCUGUCUUUGAAAAGAGACGGGAUUUCAAGAGGCUGUCAGAGCUGUACUAUGACAUCCAUCGCUCCUAUCUGAAGGUGACCGAGGUGGUGAACUCGGAAAAGCGGCUCUUCGGUCGCUACUACCGAGUAGCUUUCUACGGACAGGGUUUCUUUGAGGAGGAGGAGAGCAAAGAGUUCAUCUACAAAGAGCCGAAGCUGACGGGGCUGUCAGAAAUCUCCCAGAGAUUACUCAAACUCUACUCCGACAAGUUCGGAGCUGAUAAUGUCAAAAUGAUCCAGGACUCCAAUAAGGUUAAUCCUAAAGACCUGGAUCCAAAGUUUGCCUACAUCCAGGUAACGUACGUGGUGCCCUACUUUGACGAGAAAGAGCAACAGGACAAAAGGACAGAUUUCGAGCGACAUCACAACAUCAACCGCUAUGUGUUUGAGACGCCGUUCACCCUGUCAGGGAAGAAACAUGGAGAUGUGGAGGAGCAGUGCAAGAGACGCACCAUACUGACCACGAGUUCCAGCUUCCCCUACCUUAAGAAGCGUAUCCAGGUGGUGGAGCAGCAGAGCACAGAAAUGAACCCAAUAGAAGUAGCCAUAGAUGAGAUGUCGCGUAAAGUCUCUGAGCUCAACCAGCUCUGCAACAUGGAGGAGGUGGACAUGAUCCGGCUGCAGCUGAAGCUGCAGGGUAGCGUCAGCGUGAAGGUCAAUGCAGGGCCUAUGGCUUAUGCAAGGGCAUUUUUAGAGGAGAAGAAUGCCAAGAAAUACCCAGACAACCAGGUCAAACUGCUGAAGGAGAUCUUCAGGCAGUUUGCAGAAGCCUGUGGUCAGGCUUUGGAUGUGAAUGAGCGUCUGAUCAAGGAGGACCAGCUGGAGUACCAGGAGGAGAUGAGAGCUCACUACAGAGACAUGCUGACUGAGCUGUCUGGCAUCAUGAAUGAACAGCUUCAAAAAAACGUUCUUGCAUCCAGUACCGCCUCUCUCUCUAACAGCUCUCUGUCCACUCUUUCUAAGACUGAUUCCUCACACAAGGCAACCAGGAACGGAACGGCACAGCGCCUACUGAAUUGCCAAUAGACUCACAAGAAAUUUUUUGUGCCAGGGAGGGCUUUUUUUUGAAUGCCAGUUUGAGCCUGGAAGCGGCUCAUUUGCUUGUUUUUGACUGUGGCUGUUUCCUGCCGCAGAGAGCAGCGGGCCAGUGGAACUGUGACUGAUGGCGAGUGUAGAGAAAACAAGGGAAGAAGUGUGUAGACUGUGGUCGUGGUAGUCUGUAGUCCUGUCGUUGAACGUUGACUAUCUGCAGUAGAGGCCAGGCUGCUGGACUGUUAGCUACUGUUUGUUUUAUGGUUUUAGAGACUCGAUCCAUGUGUUGUAUGGAUUCCCCUGCCCUGCCAACUGAUUCAUCAGCUUACAUACUGACAGACACACCCACAGACAAAUACAUACAGUGCAUAUGUUCAUGCACACAAACACACAAACACAUGCGCCUUCUCUCCACAACCCUGUCCCUUUAGAGAACAGUGACCUUACUGAGCUUGGGGUGCGUUCAGCUGUACAUGUAAUAUAUAGCUUUCUGGUGCAUUUUGAAGACAUUUUUUACAUUCCUUCUGUGGAGUAGCAUUGUACUUCAGACUAUCUAAAGACGAUUAAUGUGAAAAACAAAAAUAUUUGAAUACAGGUCUCCAUUUACCAAGCAUAUGAGGAGUUGAACGCACCUCUAGUUCCUGUUUGAAUGUAGAGCAGCUCCACAUUGCUACUUUUUAUCCUUGCUAACAUCCUGGAAAUAUCAGCUUCCCAAUUUUCAAAUCAAAACAAACAAAAAAAAAAUUAUGUUUUGUAACAUUUUUAUGAUUGAAAUUGCAUUGUUACUGUUAUUAUUUCCUGUACUGUUUUGAAAUUGUAAAUAAGAAAUAUUAAUAUUUAAAAUGUUUGAAAUGUUUCUUUUUAUAAAUAUAUACAAUAUAUAAAUAUUUGUUUAGCUGAAUUAAAAAAAAAAGAACAAAAACUAAAGUUUUAUGUAUAACAUUUAAAUAAAAUUUUGUUUAUGUCCAAAUUUCAUUAUU